AUGGCAUCUGCAAAAUCGUCCCCCAGAGUCAAAUUCCAUUUCAGAACUAGAAAGCAAGAGUUGAAUUCGGUAGAAGGGAGCACACGCGCGAAUUUGACAUAUACCGACGCACUUUACAAAUUCCACAAACAACAAGGAAACAAUCCUAGUCGAGUACCAUACGUCGACAAAAAACCCCUCGAUCUCUAUCGACUGAAGAAGGCUGUGGAAGCACGUGGCGGAUUUGACAAAGUGUGCAAGCACAAGAAAUGGGCCGAAAUCGGCAGAGACCUCGGCUACAGUGGUAAAAUCAUGUCGUCUCUAUCCACAUCCCUAAAAACUCGUACCAGAAGUGGCUCUGCCCGUACGAGGAAUACCUACGCCUCGCAAAACCCGGUGUGCAUCACCAACUUGAGCUCGACCCGCCAAGCCUCGGACGCUCUCCAAGCCUCGCUGAAUGGCGUGAAGAAGGAGACCGACGGGGACUCGUCCAUGUCUAACGGCGUUGAGCUGGAUGAUGGAGACAACGGCAGCCGCCGGAGCAAGCGCCUGAAGAAGGAAGCUGUCCCCACAGUGGCAGGAUCCCACAUGUCUCAGUUUAGACCGUCGUGUGGCAAACAUGAGGAGGCCGGUGUUCUCCUGACCUGCGAGUCGUGCGACCACUCCUAUCACGGCACCUGCCUUGACCCACCGGCAAAACAGAAGCAGCCGGAUUCUGGGUGGAACUGCCCGCGCUGCCUUGUUGGUGACGGACAAUUCGGUUUCGAAGAAGGUGGUCUUUACUCCUUGCGGCAGUUCCAACAAAAGGCUGCCGACUUCAAGGCCGGCUACUUUGAGAAAAAGAUCCCCUUUGACUCAAGCGCAAACGGCCCAAAACCCGUGACUGAAGAGGACGUGGAGCGUGAGUUUUGGAGACUGGUAACGGACAUCGAAGAGACCGUUGAGGUUGAGUACGGCGCCGACAUUCACUGCACAACCCAUGGUUCCGGCUUUCCCACCCUGGAGAAGCACCCGAAGAAUCCCUAUUCACUGGACCCUUGGAACCUCAACCUUUUGCCUCUCCACCCCGAGAGCCUUUUCCGACACAUCAAGUCUGACAUAUCAGGCAUGACCGUGCCUUGGGUAUAUGUGGGAAUGAUCUUUUCCACUUUUUGCUGGCAUAACGAAGACCAUUACUCAUACUCGGCGAACUACCAACAUUUUGGCGACACCAAGACGUGGUACGGCAUCCCUGGGGAAGACGCUGAGAGGUUCGAGGCUGCCAUGAAAGAAGCAACCGCAAAGUGGCUGGCUCCCGCCCUGGAUCGCGUCCACGCCCGGGAAAGGGCUCAUAGGGAGGCCUUCCUUGCUAAGCACGGAGAGGCUCGCGCCCAGGCUGGGGGUGGCAGUAAAGCACCUGCUCUGCUGGAGCGUGUUGUGAACGACGAAGAUGUUCCGGAAGAAGAGUAUCAAUGCUCGUACUGCAAGGCCUUCACCUACCUUUCUAGAUUCAAGUGCCACAAGACUGGCAGGGUUCUCUGUCUGCUGCAUGCUGGCAGCCACGCAUGCUGCGAUGCAUCGGAAAACGCAAGAUUCGUCGGAGCCGACCACGCACGCACGCCCGAGGCGUGGGAAGAGAAGUACGAAAAGUUACUCGAUGAAGAGGCCGUCCCCUCCCUCAAAACCCUCAAGGCACUGCUGCAUGAAGGUGAAAAAUACCGUUCGAGCUUCCCUCGCUCUCACUCUUGCAACCGGCGCAAGAACGACAAAGCUUGGCAGAGCAGUAAGAGAAAAUCAAUCGGUGGAGGUUCGCCGGAGCAAAAGGACCGCGAUCGUGAUGUCUCCAACAUUUACCGGCUUCUGCAGGAGGCAGAACAGAUUGGGUUUGAUUGCUCCGAAAUCCUACAACUACAGGAGCGUGCCGACGCAAUUGAACAGUUUCAGAAGAAUGCCCAGCGAGCCCUCGAGCAUGUUCAAUCUCAAGGAAUCCAGGAAAUCGAGGAUUUGCUCGAAGAAGGCCGCAACUAUAACGUCGAUAUCAAAGAGAAACUUAUCGAAGAAGGCAAGAGGCUGGAGAUACCGCCGUACAAUGAUUAUCUUACCUACUACAAUGAGCAGAUGCUCGCUGGCCAACAGUGGGAGAAGAAGGCGCGAGAGCUGAUCGCAGCGGAAAUCAUCCACUAUCCCCAACUCGAGGCUCUAUCGACGCAGGUCCAGAUGAACGCCCUACCAGUUACAGAACAGACCCUUCUCCGCGUGGACCAGAUCUUGCUCAAGCAGCGCGAUGCUCAUCGACAGAUUAUUGACCUAACGCAGCGGUCCCGGAACCCCGACUUUCGUCAGCGGCCUAAAUACAAUGAAGUCUGCGAUAUCAUGAAGAGGCUUGAAGAGCUCAAUUCGAAGCCGAGCGGGACAUCGGAUCUGGAAAGGGAGCAGAAGAGGCAUGAAGAUUGGAUGCGUCAGGGAAAGAAGCUAUUCGGGAAGUCCAACGCGCCGCUCCACAUACUAAAAAGCCAUCUCGAUUACGUUUUAGGCCGCAAUCUGGACUGCUUCGAUAUUGUUCACGACAAGCCCCGGGACCCCGCCGAACCAGCUUCGAGAGAGCCUAGCCCGGCGACGAAGCAAAAGCACUGGGAAGAUCCUAACAGAGAGGUAUUUUGCCUGUGCCGUCGCGUCGAAGCCGGCAUGAUGAUUGAGUGUGGCAUCUGCCACGAGUGGUAUCACGGCAAAUGCUUGAAGAUUGCCCGAGGCAAGGUGAAGGACGAUGACAAGGCGCCCUGGACCUGUCCAAUUUGUGACCAUCGAGUUCGUAUCCCGCGGGAUGCCGCUCGGCCUAAGCUCGAGGAUCUCAUGGUCUGGUUCGACGAGAUACCCAAUUUACCUUUCCAGCCCGAGGAGGAAGAGGUUCUCCAAAAGAUUAUCGACAAUGCGCAAGCAUUCCGGGACCAUAUCAGACCAUACAUCAACCCAGUUCUCUCGUCGCAGGCCGAGGCGGAAACCCAACGGUUCUACCUGCGCAAACUUGAAGGCUCCGAGGAGUCCAAGAGCACGCGCAAGCCGCGACCAACCAAGCUCCAGAAGCUCAUGGCGCAGCAUGGCGUCGAGGAUCCGGACGAUCUACCGGAGGAUGUCAAGGGCAAAGCCAACAGCCUGCGACGCAAGGCGCGAUACUAUGCGUCGCGCGAGGGGGCCAAGGGCGAGUCCAAGGGCGAUCUCAUGAACAUCGAUGGGGUCGACGACGAGGGCCUCACGCUUGAAGACCGGCUUCUACGUGGCCAAUUGGACGGGCUAAACCUACAUUCGGAUGCGGUCAAGAGUAAGGCUCUUGAGAUUUUCCGCCACUCUGAGGUGGGGAGGAGACAAGCCCAGGAGAUUUACGGCGCUGAUGUGUGGAGGCGAGAGAGUGGUGGGUUUAGUAGCAGUGUCAGUGCAGGACAAGCUACUGAGCACCAUGACCCCCGAGAGGUUGACAAGAUGUUUGUGGAUCUCACAAACCAGGAAGAUGAGGAGAGGAAGAACAGGGUGGCUCCCGCCGAAACGCGCGUUACCGCAGACUCGCUUGAGAAUGAGCGAAACGGCAUGGACGCGUUGCUUGACGGCGAGUGA